AUGGAUUGCUGUUUGGAUGUGCAAAAAGAGGCCAUCACAACCGCACCAGAAGCUUCGAUAGGCUUAGCAAGCCAGAAGUGGAUAACCAUUGCUUGUAAAUCUCAUGAACUAGCCUCGAGAGACGGAAGGACCAAACGAAGACGACCACAGAAACGAAAAUGGAAACGAAAUAAGGAUAACGGAAAUAAAGAUAUAACUUUUAGAUGUGGGACAAUUAAUAUUGCUACUUACAAAAACAAAGAAAACGAGAUACUUGAUCUGAUGGAAAGAAGAAAAAUUGACAUAAUAGGAAUCGCGGAAACAAGGCAUCGCGGUAAAGAAAAGAGCAUAGACCUCGGCGGAGGUUUUGUACUAAUGUACAGCGGGACAGAUGUAGGGAGGAGAAAUUAUGGUGUAGCCAUGAUUGUAGGACCCAGACUCUCACCACAUAUCCAAGAGGUGAGCUUAAUCAGUGAAAGACUAAUGAAAUGUAUUCUGAACAUACAAAAUAAAAAGUACCACAUAUAUCAAGUGUAUGCACCUCAGCAAGGACAUACAACUGAAGAGAAGGAAAGCUUUUAUAGGUUACUAGAGGAUUGUUAUCAUAUACAAGACUCCGAGAUAGGGCUGAUGAUGGAAGAUUUUAAUGGCAGAAUUGGAAGCGACAGAGUGGGAACUGAAAAGGUAAUGGGUCCUUUCGGUGAAGAACAUAGAAAUCCUGAGGGAGAAAGACUAAUUGACUUCUGUAUUAUGAACAAUUUAAAGAUUAUGAACGGUUUCUUCCAACACCAAAGUUCACAUAGGUAUACAAGAUAUAGAUGGAAUCAAAACUCCGCUAAGUUUGACCAGAUGUCAAUCAUUGAUUAUUUUAUUUGCUCAGACAAGCGAGAAAUAUUAAAUGUUAAAGCGUUUCCUGGAGAAACACUAGACUCUGAUCACAGAUUGUUGGUUGCGGACAUAGCU